AGCCUGGAGUGUAUAAAGCACACAGAGUUUGUGCUAGAUCACUGCCUCUCCCAGCUCAAGGCAGAAUCAGGAUCCUGUAAUAGGGAAGAAUUCAGCUGACAAGAGGUUGGUCUUUCCAGACUUGUACUACUGCAGCCACAGGGUAAACUAGACUGUGUAAUGAAUGGCUUUUGUUAUAGGAGAACGACGGCUGGAAGAGACUAGGGGGUGAUUCCAGAUAUUUGUAGACACUGUCAUGUAGAAUUUGUAGUUUGGAAGAGAGUGCACCCUGAAACUGUCCUGGAGCCAAGCAAAGCUUUGUUUUUGGGACUCCUGAGCAGGCCUGGGAAACGAGGUCAGCGUAACAGAGGGAUUAAGGGUGGACUCAUUGAUUUGAAUUCUUUGCUGAUGUUCUUUAUUGUAAUUUGCUUGCAUCUAUUAUUUAAUUCUUGGCAGUGCUCCCAUUUCAUCAUGCCUUUAAGACAGCUCUAAAGUAGAAACUACAGGGCUAUGUCUGAUACGCACAACUAUUUCUUAUCCUAUCUUGAAUGUUUGAUAAGAUGCCUUCUUUAGAAAAACAUUUCAAACUAGUGAGAUUAUUUUAGCAACUUUGGUCAAUUCUGAUAUAUGUCACAUUUUCAAAUUCUUUAUCAGGAAAGGAUAGGAAAACCUACUGCUAUUUUUCUGCAUCCGUGUUUUAUCACUCAUUAGUGAAGAGUUCUAUGUAAUAUGGUUCAGUGGGAAAAAGCUGAAUACAGUAUAUGUUGCGUCUGAGUUAUUUGCCCUCUUUCUGUUCAGUGUUCAGUACUAUUUCAGUUACAUUUCCAGGAUUAGAAAGAAUUUGUGAAACAGGGGCUGAAAAAGUAGAGAUUACUUCUACUACGUGACCGUCAGAACUGUUCUUGUCAAAUCCUGAGGUAAGGAUUAGCAGACAUCUAAUUUUACUUUGGAUUUCUGUUUUUUCCCCUCCCGUCUAGCAUGAGUCCCUUCUUCAUGAUGUCUCUCCUCUUUGGCCUGACUUUUGGUCAAACAGCAUCAGUUUGUGCUCCUUCAGAGUACACAAUCCACGUGGAGAAGCGGGAGUGUGCCUACUGCCUGGCCAUCAACACCACCAUCUGCGCUGGAUUUUGCAUGACACGGGACAGCAACGGCAAGAAGCUGCUACUCAAAAGUGCUCUGUCUCAAAACGUGUGCACAUACAAAGAGAUGUUCUAUCAAACAGCACUGAUUCCGGGCUGUCCUCAUCACACCAUCCCUUACUAUUCCUACCCCGUGGCCAUAAGCUGCAAGUGUGGUAAAUGCAACACUGAUUACAGUGACUGUGUUCACGAGAAGGUUAGGACAAACUACUGCACCAAGCCACAGAAGCUCUGUAACAUGUGAGCUUCCAACAGAACGUGGCAGAAAUGUACCUCCCUGCUCACAACCAAGCAUAAAUAAAACCAUAUUUCAUAACGGGUUUGCAAA